GGCGUGUCUGUUGUCAGGGGUCAUGUGACCAUGAAAGUCCUGUCACUGGUAUAAAUCCUCAGACAGAGCACGUAUUGCUUCUCUCGCAGUCCUGUAUCCGGUUCGGUCCUGCUAUUACGUGAGCUAUGGCAGACCAGGCUUUUGUCACCCUCGCCACAACUGACAACUAUGCCAAAGGAGCAAUGGUACUUGGCAAGUCCUUGAGGAACCACAACACAUCAAGGAAACUAGUGGCCCUGAUUGGCCCCCAUGUCUCAGAACCCUCCAGAGCAGUGCUUCGUAAGGUCUAUGAUGAGGUCAGGCUGGUGGAUGUGCUGGACAGUGGGGAUGCUGCACACUUGGCCAUGAUGAAGAGACCUGACCUGGGUGUCACCUUCACAAAACUCCACUGCUGGACUCUUACAGAAUAUUCCAAAUGCGUGUUUAUGGAUGCAGAUACUCUAGUUUUGUCUAACAUAGAUGAGUUAUUUGAGAGGGAGGAGCUCUCUGCUGCACCAGAUCCCGGCUGGCCUGAUUGCUUCAACUCUGGUGUGUUCGUCUUCCAUCCCUCCAACGAAACUUAUGGGAAGCUUCUCACCACCUGCUCAGAGAAUGGCAGCUUUGAUGGUGGGGAUCAGGGCGUUCUCAACUGCUUCUUCAGCAAUUGGGCAACAGCAGACAUUUCAAAACACCUUCCUUUCAUCUACAACCUCAGCAGUAUUGCCAUCUACACCUAUCUCCCAGCAUUCAAGCAAUACGGCCGUGAUGCCAAGGUAGUUCAUUUCCUUGGCAAAGUCAAACCGUGGGAUUACAGUUAUGACACCACAAGCAAAACAUUAAAGGGACAUUCCCAGGAUGCUUCUGACAUGCACCCCAACUUCUUGCUGCAAUGGUGGGAGCUUUUCUCUUCUUCAGUAUUGCCCCUCAUGAAGGAGGAAUACGGUGAACAGCCCUUCUAUUCCGGAUGCACAGAGAGUGAUAUUCAGGUUGACGUGGCUCAGAUGCACAUUUCCCAUCAUCCCCCUCCACCCCAGAUAUCGUCUCAGGAGCGCAAACAGAAGUGGGAACAGGGCCAAGCUGACUACUUGGGAGUGGACUCUUUUGAGAACAUCGAGAAAAAGCUAGAUUCUUUCUUGAAGUGAGAGACUCGUAGAAACCUAUAAUCAGAUCUAGUUUUGUACUAGGGUAUGUAUAGGCCACGAAAUUACAUUAAAAAAAAAAAAAAAAAGUCCUCUAAUUUUUAUACCAGUCCAGAUCAUCUGUGCAGCUCAACUAUUUGACCUCUUACACAUAGUGAUUGCAACAGUUAUUAGAUGACAAUGUGUCUAAAUUUCAGAGGAGACAUGACAUAACCAAUCAGUCAUGGUUUCUGAUCUCACUGAAGAAGACACUGUUACUUUUUUAUUAUUUAAAAUAUCAAAAUGUAAAUGUUAUGGACCUACAACUGAUUUGCCUUUUGUGUGGUUGUAAAGAUCAGAAACAUUUGAAGAAAAAAAAGAGAAACAUACAGCAAACAAAACAAUACCAAACCUUGUAAAUGUCUAAUAUACUGUACACCACUCAAUGCUCAAUAUUAAUCAUCUAAUGACCACCUUUGCAAUGAUACUGUGUUUACAAUACACACUGUGUGCUGCCAACUCGCUUGCAUUGUUAAUACUGGCUCUGAUACACAUCAGCAACUCUUAUUGUGUGAACCAAGGUCAUUCUGCUCUUGCAUACUGGGACCAGGGAUGGGGCACAAGGGUUUUGCUAAACCUUGUUAUAAUGCUGGGAACCCUGUAGCUGUUGUUAACUAGUUCGUAACUUCUGUAGCUCUUCUCCAACCUGCAACAUCUGAAAUAAAGAUCUAGUAAUAUGA